AGGAAGCUCUGGUCAUUUCUGAGAGGGUGAUUUAAAACAGAAAAACUUUACCCGCCUGCUUUCUUCACACAUCGCUCAAACUCUCGGCAGCAGACAGCUUGGCUCAUUCCACGAGAUCGCCGGAGCGUCAGCAUGGUGUCUGCUUGUAGACAGAUUCUGGGCUUGUCCCUGGCCGUCAUCGGGUUCUUUGGGAGCAUCGUCAUCUGUGCGCUCCCCACCUGGAAAGUCACAGCCUUCAUCGGUGCCAACAUCGUCACGUCUCAGGUGAUCUGGGAAGGUUUAUGGAUGAACUGCGUGACCCAGAGUACCGGCCAGAUGCAGUGCAAAGUCUACGAUUCCCUGCUGGCCUUGCCUCAGGACCUGCAGGCUGCCAGAGCUCUGGUGGUCAUCGCCAUCAUCGUCGGGGUCUUUGGGAUCCUGCUUGGUGUGAUUGGAGGCAAAUGCACCAACUUUGUGGGGGAUGAAUCUCAGAAGUGCAAAGUGGCCAUUGCCUCUGGAAUCGUCUUCAUCAUCGCAGGCCUUCUGGUGCUCAUACCCGUCUGCUGGACCGCCAACACCAUCAUUCGGGAUUUCUACAACCCGAUCCUGACCAACGCUCAGAAGAGGGAGCUGGGGGCUUCGCUGUACAUCGGCUGGGGGUCCGCGGGGCUGCUGUUCCUGGGGGGAGGCAUCCUCUGCAGCUCCUGUCCUCCUAGCGAUGAGAAGAACUAUGACGUUAAGUAUUCCAAGGCUCGCUCUGUGGACAGCAGCAGGGCCUACGUUUAGGUCCAAAGUUCUGCGCCAAGGAACUCCAACUGAGCCUGAUCAGUCAGAAGAACUGUACAAUGUGAAUUUUCUUGUGUUUUUGCUGUAUGAAUGUAUAACAUGUUUUUAUCUCAGACUUCCAGAUCAUAACCACCCAACAUGCUGUGAAAUGUCUAAAUGAUCAUUCUGUCAGUAAACAUUUAUCCUUUUUAAUGGACUGUAGUUUAUUCAAAUUUAACGUUCUACAUAAAUGACUCUCAUGAAAUGAGAAGGAUCAUAUUACUAUCUGUGAAUGUGAAAUCUCUUAAAUUGAAAUGUUUUCUUUCACUCCACUUUUAUAGUUGAAACUGGCUGAAUAGUGAUUGAAAUAUAACAUUUGCUGCUUUUAAUAAACAUUUUACUCAGA